CCGAAGAGGGCUGUGCGUGGGGAAGCAUUUUGACAAUAACAAACCCGGGUCAGGGCAGGAGCCGGAAACAUGGCCGAGGCGGUGAGGCCCCCGCGUCGGACCAAGGCCAAGGCCAGCCGGGCUAAAACCAAGGAAAAGAAAAAACAUAGUGAAGUUUUUGAGAAAGAAGAACUUGAUGAAGUGGACCUUCCUGAAGCUCCUAGACAGCUGAAAAUACCUUCCCCAGCAGGGGAAGUCCUUGUCUGUCCUGAGGCAUUAACUGAGAUUCAGUUACAGGAUGACAGUGACCUACAGAAUGAAAAGGAAAUGUUUGAAGUCUCACUCACUUCUUUAACUUUAGACAUUGAAGGAUCCCAAACACAUAACCUAGAGACAGUAAGAGAAGAGGAAGAGGUCAAAGAACGUAGACUCUAUGAAGAAACCAAGUCAAAGUACAACCCUGAGGAUGGUGUGAGCACCAAAGUAGAAGACUCUCAGGGCUUUAGGGGUAGAAUCGAUAAUACAUCAACACAGUGUGGCCUCUCAGAGACCACAUUCCAGUCUAGUCCGUAUAGUCAACAGGUAGCAGGACAUUUACAGGACAGAGGAACUGAGAGUAGACAAGAUUAUAGACAAUCUAUUGGCCUUUCUUCAGAGGUGCUACAUAAUGUGAGCCUACAGAGUUGUUAUGAAGCCAAAGAAGUCUUCCAGCCACCUAGAUUGAAAAAGCUCUAUCCUGAAUUACCAUCUGAAUUUUCUGGAGAAAGACCAGCUUUAAUGGCAGUAAAGCCAGUGUUACGGAAUGAACGACUGUACCCUGAAAUCCCUUCUGAAUCAGAACUGGUACCAUUUACUAAGGAACAGCUGAAAAUUUUUGAGCCUUGUUCCUGGUUAGAAAAUGUUGAAUCAUACUUAGAAGAAUUUGACAGUAUGGCUCACCAGGACCGGCAUGAAUUUUAUGAGUUGCUUUUGAAUUAUUCACGAUGCAGGAAGCAGCUGUUGCUGGCUGAGGCUGAGCUGCUUACCUUGACAUCUGAUUGUCAAAAUAUCAAAAGCCGAUUAUGGCAGUUUAAGGAACAGCAAAUGACUGUACAGGGUAUUUGUGCAGACCAGGUGAAAGUUACAGGAUAUCAUCGCUACCAGACAGUAGAGAUGAAUGAGAGUGCUCUGGGAGAGCUAAAGAAGGCAUUUGAAGCAAAAUCUGAGCAUUUACAUCAAACUCUGGCUCUACAUUCUUAUACGUCCGUGCUCUCCCGAUUGCAAGUAGAGUCCUAUAUUUUUGCAUUGCUCAAUAGUUCAGCUGUUCUGAAAUCUUUGUCUGUUCCUCAGCAAGGUCGAGUUUCCAAACAGGCAGAAAGUCUUCCCUCUGAUUUAUGUCACCUCAAGGAGUGUAUUAGUGUUUUAUUCAUGUUCACCCGGAGAGUUAUAGAAGAUACACAGUUCUACAAUGAUGUUCUUCUUUGGUUGAGGACAUUGGUAUCACUGUUACAACGAGCUGGAUGCCCUGGGGAUCAUCUGUUUCUUUUAAACCACAUUCUUCGAUGUCCGGCUGGUGUUAGUAAAUGGGCUGUUCCUUUCAUUCAGAUCAAAGUGUUGAAUAAUUCAUCAGGUGUAUUUCACUUUAUGCAGUCCCUUGCCUUGCUUAUGUCUCCUAUCAAAAAUCGAGCUGAGUUUAUGUGCCACAUGAAGCCAAAUGAAUUUAAGCCUUCCUCCCCUGGGCCUGAGUCUGGGAACUGGACUCUAGUAGAUGAAGGAGGUGAAGAGGAUGAAGAUCCUGAGACAAGUUGGAUUCUCCUUAGUGAAGAUGACUUGAUUGCUAUUUUGUCCCAGUUCCCAUUUCAUGAACUCUUUAAACACUUUCUUGGAUUUAAAGGGAAAGGUGAUUAUGUACCUGAAGCAACAAGACCUCAAGAGAUGAUGAAAAUUUUUGCCUUUGCCAACUCAUUAAUAGAACUUCUGGCUGUAGGAUUAGAAACCUUCAAUAGAGCACGCUACAGGCAAUUUGUGAAACGAAUUGGUUUUAUGAUUAGAAUGACACUUUGUUAUGUGAGUGAUCACUGGGCCCAGUUUGUGAGCCAUAACCAAGGCUAUGGAUUAGUUAUGCAGCCCUAUUCAAUGGAGAAGCUCCAAGUUGAAUUUGAUGAGCUGUUUCUCAGGGCUGUCCUGCAUGUUCUGAAAGCUAAAAGGUUGGGCAUUUGGCUAUUUAUGUCAGAGAUGCCCUUUGGAACAUUAUCAGUCCAGAUGCUUUGGAAACUCUUCUACCUCAUGCACCACACAGAGAAUGAAAAUUUGGAGAAGCUCUGUUCUACAGUCCAGGCUAAAGAGUGUAAGCACCAGCUUCAAGACCCAGCACAUCUUGUGAGCUUUGAGAAUUAUAUUUCUACCAUGAAUAGCUCAGAAGAAAUUUGCCUUCUUACUACUUUUGCUCAGAUGGCUCAGGCAAGAAAGACCAAUGUGGAUGAAGACUUCAUAAAAGUUAUCGUGCUGGAGAUUUAUGAGGUAUCUUAUGUUAACCUUUCCACCAGAGAGACCUUCUCAAAAGUUGGUCGGGAGCUUUUAGGAGCUAUUACGGCUGUUCAUCCUGCAAUCAUUUCUGUAAUUUUGGAUAGUGUUAAAGAGACCAUUGACCAAGUUGGGAUGGUUUCCCUAUACUUGUUUAAAGAGCUGCCUUUGUAUCUGUGGCAACCAUCUACCUCUGAAAUAGCUGUGAUUCGGGAUUGGCUGCUGAAUUAUAAUUUGUCAACUGUGAAGAAUAAAUUAGCCUGUGUUAUUCUGGAAGGAGUGAACUGGGGAUUUGGUGAACAGGAUACACUUCAUCUGGAUCAGACAGUUCAUGCUGAAGUGGCAUUGAUGAUUCUUGAAGCUUACCAGAGGUACCUUGCUCAGAAGCCAUAUGCUGGGUUACUUUCUGAAAGCAUAAAACAGGUUUCGUAUUUGGCCAGUAUUGUACGUUAUGGAGAGACACCUGAGACCUCAUUUAACCAAUGGGCUUGGAACUUGAUUUUGAGGUUAAAACUUCACAAAAAUGAUUAUGGAAUGCAACAGAAUCGUCCAACAGUUCCAUUCUCCAGCACUGUGCCGGAUAUGAACGAAUCACCCACAUUUCAUCCCUUACUGAAGGCUGUGAAAGCAGGCAUGCCUAUUGGCUGUUAUCUAGCCUUAUCUAUGACAACUGUGGGCCAUAGCAUUGAGAAAUUUUGUGCAGAAGGCAUUCCAUUGUUGGGGAUCCUGGUCCAGUCUAGGCAUCUGCGAACAGUGGUUCAUGUUCUGGAUAAGAUUUUGCCCAUGUUUUAUCCCUGCCAGUAUUACCUUUUGAAGAAUGAACUGUUUUUAUCAUACCUCCACCUAUUUUUGCACUUGGAUAGUGGUAUUCCUCAAGGAAUGACCCAACAAGUUACCCACAAAGUGGCCCAGCACUUGACAGGAACCAACUAUGGAGAAAAUGUGAAGCUUCUCAGCAGCAUGAUCCAGGCCCACAUUUCUGUAAGCACAAAACCCAAUGAAGUAGGGCCUGUUGCUGUUUUAGAAUUCUGGGUCCAGGCCCUCAUAAGCCAGCAGUUUUGGUACCGAGAACAGCCCAUUCUUUACCUGAUGGACCAUUUAUGCAAGGCUGCUUUUCAGUAUAUGCAAGAAGAUUGUAUACAGAAACUCCUUUACCAACAGCACAAGAAUGCUUUAGGUUAUCACUGUGACAGGAGCCUGCUCUCUUCCUUGAUGGGCUGGAUUGUGGCUGGCAAUGUGACGCCAUCUUUCAUUGAGGGAGCUGCUGCUCCUGCUCAGGUUUGGUUUGCCUGGACUGUACUGAACAUGGAGUCUAUCUUUGAAGAAGAUUCUCAGCUUCAUAGAGUUGUUGAAGGGGAACUGGUCAUUAAUUCUACUUUCACUCCUGAGCAAGCUCUCAAGAAAGCCCAGGCACAGUUGAAGCUGCCUAUUGUACCAUCACUUCAGAGACUGCUGAUUUAUCGUUGGGCUCAUCAGGCUUUGGUUACACCUUCUGAUCAUCCUCUCUUGCCACUUAUUUGGCAAAAAUUCUUUCUCCUUUAUCUUCACCGACCAGGGCCUCAGUAUGGAUUGCCUGUAGACGGUUGUAUUGGAAGACGAUUUUUUCAAAGUCCAGCCCAUAUUAAUCUAUUGAAAGAAAUGAAGAAACGUCUGAUUGAAGUGGCUGACUUCCAUCAUGCUGCCAGCAAAGCUCUCCGAGUUCCAGCAGAUGGCGGUGAAGGGACAGGUGAAAACAAUGCCUGCCCCUCAGAGUAUCUGACUUCCCCGGAGCUGCAUACAGAACUCGUGAGGCUCUUCAAUGUAUUUAUACUUUGGCUAGAAGAUGAGAACUUUCAGAAAGGAGACACCUAUAUUCCUUCUCUACCAAAGCAAUAUGAUACACACAGACUGGCAAAGAUUAUGCAGAAUCAACAGGAUUUGUGGAUGGAAUAUUUGAACAUGGAACGUAUCCAUCAUGAAUUUCAGGAAACUCUCAAUCUUUGGAUUCAAGUAAAACUUGAAUCCCAUUCCGCACCCAGCAGUUUGUCAGUACAGAUGGAUUUUACAGAUCCUUUGUCAGCCAAAGAGAGGAUCUUGAGCAACUUGAAGAAGCACGAGGCUCCUCAUCCUCCCCUUCCUCUGCAUUCCAUGAAAGCUCCAGUGCCCAUCAUUUCCUCAACUAGUUUGAUAAAUCAGAAGGAAACUAUGCAGCUUAUACGCCCAGACCUGAAUCUCUUGCAACAGCAUGCAAAAACUGCAACCCUUCGGGAGUCUCAGCAAGUUGCUCUGGACAGUGAGCUGUUGGAUGCAAUUCCCAAGCAGUAUGUUAAUCGAGAAGAGCAGAUCACGUUGCAUUUGGAGUGUCGGGGCAGCAGUAGCAGGAAAUGCCAGGGAGCAGCUGUUGUCACAGUUCAGUUUGAAGGCAAACAUAAGAACGAAGCUGUUAGCCAACAGCUUCAUGUUUUACGUAAAGAAGUGAAGCAGUUACAAGCAGAAGCCUCCAGGCCACCAUCCCAGAAUAUUGUGGAAGCAGCUGUGCAUGCUGAGAACUUGAUUACGGCUUUAGUGAAUGCCUAUAAGUUACAGCCUACACCUGGUAUUCAGAAAGUUGGCAUUAGCCUCUUCUUUACAGUUGUGGAGUAUGUAUGUGAUGAGACACAACGUCACCCUCCUACAAGACAGUUCUUUACAUCCUGCAUUGAGAUCUUAGGACAAGUUUUUAUCAGUGACACCAAAUCAGAGUGCAAACGUGUGCUCCAGACAAUUUUGAAGAAUAGAAGACUCUGUACUCUACUCGCUCCUUACUUUACUCCAGUUGCUGCACCUGAAGAAUUCAUAAAUUUGUAUGAAAAAGUGGUGAAGUUUCUAAGUGAAGACAAUAGUGAUAUGAUUUUCAUGCUGCUAACCAAGUUCGAUCUUAAGCAAUGGUUAAACUCCACUAAACCUCCUCUGUCUGAUCGUACCAGGCUCCUGGAGUCCAUUCAUUUGGCACUUACUGCCUGGGGCCUUGAACCAGAUGAAGACAUUUUGAUGUCAUUCAAUAUUUUUUGUAAACACUGGACUUAUCUCCUUCUGUACCAGUUUCCUGACCAGUACAGUGACAUUCUAAGGUUGCUCAUGCAGAGCUCAGCUGAGCAGCUAUUGAGUCCUGAAUGUUGGAAGGCAACCCUAAAGGCUCUGGGCUGCUUCUCAUCUGAAAGCAAAGAAGGGGACUGUCCACUUCCUAUAACCGAGAACCCUGCAUUUCCAAGUUCUCCCAAUAUUCUCUUGUCAGAUGAACAGGUAAUGGAGACGAUACAGUGGCUUUCAAAUUUUUUCUAUAAGUUACGGUUAUCCAAGUUGGACUUUAAGAGCUUUGGAUUAUUUUCAAAGUGGACGCCUUAUGUGGCAGAUGUGAGGAAAUUAUUGGAAUAUCUUGUGAAACGGCUGAUUGCCUCUGAAAUGGCUUGCUUGGGGCAAGACCCAUUAACUAACAGUAGAACAGUGUUGAGAUCUCUUCAUUCACUAAUUGUCCAACUCUUCAAGCCAUGGAUUCUGGUUUUAGAAGACAAUACAAGCAGUCAGCGUUAUUAUCCAUGGCUGGAAAGUGAUGCAUCCAUGGCCUCAAGUGUGGUACAUUUGUUUGCUGAAUGUAUUGAGAUUUUACAUGAAAGUUUUAAAGAUAAACUCUUGCCUGGUGAGGAAGGAGCACUUCGGCUACACUUGAUGCAUUAUUGUGAAUCAUGCACUGCACCCAAAAUGCCAGAAUUUAUUCUCUUUGCUUUCCAUAAUGAAUACCGAAAACUUCCAUGGAGGGACAUGUACCCGGACCAAGUACUAAUGGAAGCAUUCUUCAAAGUGGAAAGAGGAAGCCCCAAGAGCUGUUUCUUAUUCAUGGGGACUGUUUUAUGUGAAGUAAACUGGGUUAGUGUGCUGGCUGAUGCCUGGAAUCCCAAUCCCCAUCCAGAAACACGAAGCAUGAUUGUCUGUCUGCUCUUCAUGAUCAUCUUACUGGCAAAAGAAGAUCAGCUCGUAGACCAAGCAGAUUCUCCAUUGCUCAAUCUCCUUGGACAGGCGAGCUCUCUUUCCUGGCAUCUUGUAGAUAUUGUGUCAUACCAGAGUGUCAUUGGGUACUUUAGCAGUCAUUAUCCUCCAUCCAUCAUCUUAGCAAAAGCUUCUUCAAAUGAAUUAAUAGUAAAACUCUUAAAAACAUCUGCGGGCUUCAGUGUUCCUGCUGAUGGACAAAUACAUCUCGAUGCAGUUCCAAAGUGCCUAGCUUUCACUCGCCAGGUGGUACAGUUUCUCAGCUCUCUGGAACAAAGUGGAAGAAUUACCUUUGCAGUGCUAGAACAGGAAAUGUCUAAGCUUUUGGAUGACAUCGUUGUCUUGAAUCCACCAGAUAUGGAUAACCAGACUCGCCAUAUGGCCCUCAGCAGACUCUUUGUUGAAGUUUUAACAAUGAUGAAUAAUGCUAGUGUCCCAACGGCCGAGUUCCUUCGGAGCAGUGUCCGGAACUGGAUUGAUCAGAAAGUGCAUGGAUUGGUGGUGCUGCCCCUUUUGACAGCAGCAUGCCAGAGCUUGGCUUCUGUCCGACACAUGGCUGAGAUUACAGAGGCCUGUAUCACUGCCUACUUCCAGGAUGACUCCCUCAACCAUCAUUUAGGAUGGGGUCCUAUUCUGGUAUCUCUUCAAGUUCCUGAACUCACCAUAGAAGACUUUAUUCAGGAGUGCUUGUCCCUUGGAAGCUAUUUGACACUGUAUGUCUAUAUGCUGCAGUGUUUAAAUAGUGAGCAAACCCUAAGAAAUGAAAUGAAAAUGUUGCUGACCUUAGGAAAGUGGCUGGAACAGGUAUAUCCCAGCUCUGUGCGAGAUGAGGCAAAGCUCUUUCUGUGGUGGCACCAAGCGCUCCAGUUGUCCCUGAUCCAGACUGAGCAGGAUGACACUGUGCUGAUUGGAUCUGUCAUCCGGACUCUUCUUGGGAUCCAGAAUAGACAGAGCCAGACAGCUGAGGAGAGGCUGAGCUCAGGCAUCCUGGGUGCCAUUGGAUUAGGCAGGAAGUCUCCCUUAUCUAACAGAUUCCGUGUGGUUGCAAGAAGCAUGGCUACCUUCCUUUCAGUUCAAGUUCCUGCAGAAGAUCAAAUUCGUUUGAAGUCCAGUUCUGAAUUACAUUUCUCUCCAAAAGCUCAGCAGGCACUAACUACUCUCGAAUCCAUGUCUUCAAGCAAGCAGUAUAUUGAGUAUCAGGAACAGAUCUCCCAAGCCUCCCAGUUUAUAAAGCAUCCAGGCCAUUGUCUUCAGGAUGGGAAAAGUUUGUUGGCUCUUCUUAUUAACUCUCUGUACCCAGAAGUGCAUUAUUUGGACAUUAUUCGAUAGCAGCACUGAGGUCCAUGGAAAACCCUGUGAUGUUUCCUGUUUACAUUUGAUGUUGUUGCACAAGUAACUUUGACUGUCUAGGUCCAUUUGCAGAACUGAGUACAACCUAUGAGGAGGAUGGGUGGAAGGAAUGUGGGCACUGGUUAUUUCUACCAAGUAUUUUGGAAGCAAGAGUUGUAUGUGUGUAUGUGUAUAUGUGUGUGUGUGUGUGUAUGUAUGUAUGUAUGUAUGUGUGUAUGUAUGUAUGUAGGUACGAAUGCAUGUGUUUGCUUAGCUACUACAAUAACAUGUUGAAGCACCAAGGACUAUUUAGUUUUAUUCCUGUGCAAAUGAGAAACUUCAUUAAGUCUUACCCUGAUACAAAGCCUUGCAGAAUGACAUGGUAAGGCUCAUAGAUCAUAGGACAAUUUUUUUCUUUCAUUCUUCUCUUUGCCCUUAAAAAAAAUUAAUUCCUGAGGCUCUCAUGUUAGAACUAGUUGAAGUCACAUGAAAAAGCUACACUUUGAUUCUCAUUUGGACUCCUUAAAAAAUAGCCACAUUUAGCCUGAAAAUUAGAAAUUGUUAGUAUUUCCAAAAGUAAGCUCUACUCUGUGAACAUACAAUCCUUUGGAAAGUUUGUUCUUUCUCUUAGAUGAAAGAGGCCAAGAAGUUACAUUUAUUCUGGCUUCCUUUAUUACUUCUCCAACACCACAGGUUGAAACUCUUCCUUACUUCUGUACAUAGUUGUCUUAAGUUACUGGAGCCAAGAAAAUCACUUCCUGGUGGCUAGGCUUUUUUGAGGAGCUCUCCAGGCCCCUUCUCACAUUAAAUGCACACAUUGCUAGGUGUGUGUUAGAAGCCUUCCUCUCUGUCCAUAGCCCCUGCAAGAGAGUGUACUCUGCUGGCCCAGCUUUCAAGAAUCCAGGGGACACUUCCACUGGGAACACCUGAGGACAAUUGGGAUGGGUUUGUCCUGGCAAACCCCUUGUUUCCAUACACUACAUCUCUGAGUCAGCUCAGCGGUAAAAAUGGAACAUCUGGAAGUUGAAUUUGCUUUAGAAGCCAGUCAUUGUUUAAAACAGGGUUCACCGUGUCCUGGUUGCUGAUGAGAAGCAGAGGUGGCUGAUAAAUUAUCUUUGUCCCUUCCUGAAAAGUACAUAACAUUCACCUGUUGAGGUUCAUUCAUAAAACAGGUCAAAGGGAGAAAAGAAUGAGGACAUCUUGUUCCCUCCUUUAGCUCUUUGUUUGAAUCCUAGUAGAGGUUAGAGGACCAUUCAAAAUCCCAGGGAGUUCAGGCAAGGCUUGCUGGCCUGGGAGGAUCAAUAUUCCUGAACUCUGAAUUUGCUGAACAGGGCACCGCAUUGUUUCUCAAAGUGCAUUCACUUGUUAAAUAUCUAUUACCACAGUCUGGCUAUAAUAAAACCACAUUCUUUUGCCAUGUUUCUGUGUGUUAAUGCUACAUGUUCCUUCCUCUAGAAAUUAGCAAAUUAGUUUCUAUUAUCAGCACUGCCUACCAAAAUACGUUUUGUCUGUUUCAGUUGAUUAAUGCUUUAUGUAUUUAUCUGUAGCUCAAGAACAUAUUCUUUUCAUGCUUUCUCCAUUGUCACAGAAAGCUUUAAGUAGAAGAAAUUUACCCCAGAGAAACAUUCUCUAAAGCAUAAUUGACAAAGCCUUCCGGGGUGUGCAUGUUCAGCAAAUUGACUAUUUCCUAGUUUUUCCUGGCUAAGUGUCAUCAGGGUCUCGAUUUUUGCCCCACUCUUUUGGCCAUGUCAUUUCUCCAGUGCCCAUUUCUCCUUGUCUUCCUCAUGUUGUUUAUGAUCAAAAUCUUAGAAGCUCUUAGUUUUUAACCUGGGCAUUUUGGCAGUGUUUUCUUUACAGCUGGAAAGCACAGUCCCUUGCUCAUGGGAAGCACUUAAUAUAUUUUCUUGACUGGAAUUGACUGGAAAACCAUCCGUGCUGCUCUGAUUUUAGCAUUUCUGGACUGUUUUCUUUGAGGAAAAGAUGGCAGUCAUUAACUUUUAACACCAUAGAAAGUGAAAAUAUCAAAUUUCAAUGUAUAUACUUUAAAGAAAAUUAUGUUCAAUCUGUUAACUUUUGGAACUUUAUAAUAUUUAUAAUGAACUUGGUUUGUAAAGAAUUUUAAGAAAUAAAGAACAUUAUUGAUUGCAUCUGCUAAGGAAUAAGAGGUUUGUGGGAAGGUCACCUUGUGAAAAUGUGUUCAUUGUGAAACUGAAUGUAGACUUGAUGCCUGGAGUCUUCUCAUUGAUUUUACAUUGUAAUUUAAAUAGUGGAGAUGUUUGUUAAAUAAGCUUCCUGUAUUAUUAGUGUUUACCAUUCAAGGUGAAGUCAAGAUUACAGUAAGGUUUAGCUUCCUGCACAAAGUGAAUAAAUGGGUAACAGUGGGAAUUCCAGCCCAAAGCUGUGUGAUAAGCCACCAUGAAGUGACAUAGGGCCAGAGAAAUAAAUAGCCUUAAAGAAAGUGCUAAAUGCUUAAGUACAGCUGUAACCUCCUGGAAAAGAAUAGUAACAGGUAGAGCAACCUGACCUAUACACAGGAGCCAGGAAUAUUGCUUUCUUUGCUCUAAGAAUUAGCAGUUUGCUUUGAGAUUGUGAACCCAGGUUGGACUUAAAGACAUUAGCAGGUUUUUUAACUGGUGUAGCCACAAACCAUAGGACAGUGCUUGGUGGCAUCCAUUGUGGAAGGGACCAUGGGUCAUAGGCUUUUAGUUACAUUCAUACUUGCAAUCGGUCUCCAAUAACACCUUCAGAUGAAAAGGAGGGGAAUGAGCUUUUUGACUCUUUAAUUAAAUGCACAUUCCCCCCUACCCUAAAUCUUGGCAUUAACAUAUAUGGGUGAGACUGUCUGAGAAGUUAGAACUUUGUCCACCUUCAUGUUGAUUAUACUUAGUCUACCAUGGAGACAAGGUAUCAUCCCAGCAAAAGGCCAAGGGAGAAGGUAGGAACCAUUAGGUUUGCUUUGAGAGUAUGACAAUAUAUGGAGCCACUGUAAGGUCUUCAUUACCUAAACAAGUGCCCACUUACUACUUAGUUCCAGAAGGUAGUUUGUCAUUUUUAUCAUCACUGUGUUUGAUCACUGACUUAAUUUGGUGUUUUCCUCCACAACAUACAGUCAGCUUUCAAUAUAUAUAUGAAAGAUAUUCAGGCAUGGUGGGUGGCAGGGAGGCAGAGGCUGGUGAAUCACUGGAGCUCAAGAUUUCUUAGCUGCAAUAAUGUUAAAUCCAUUUUGGUAUCCAAACUAACACCAAUAUUUUAAGUCCCAGGGAGUGAGGGCCACCAGGAUGCCUAAGUAGGGGCAAUCUUCCCCAGGUUAGGAGUGGAGCAGGUGAAAGCUUCCAGGCCAAACAGAAGUAAGAUUGUGCAUCCAGUUGGAGUGAGAGAGGGAGACCUAGCCUAAAAAACAAGAAAGAAGAAAAUCCCAGAUAGAAACAGUAACCCAACCAUAGACAAAACUAACCUGAACCAAGUUUUAGCCUUCUCUCUCUCUCUUUUUUUUUUUUUAAGUGAGGCAAUUGGGGUUAAGUGACUUGCCCAGGGUCACACAGCUAGUAAGUGUUAUGUGUCUGAGGCCGGAUUUGAACUCAGGUACUCCUGACUCCAGGGCCGGUGCUCUAUCCACUUCGCCACCUAGCUGCCCUUUCUCUUUCUCAAUGAAUGUUUUAUCAGAGUUAACAAAUGACAUUGAUCAAAUCUAAAAUAUAGUACCUUCUCCCUUUACUUUCUUACUUUCUCUAGAGGUGAUGAAUAGACUGUUGAAUUUUUAAUGCUGGAAUUAUCUGCAAGAGCCCAUUUACUAAAGAGAAUAUCACAGAAUCAUAGUGGUUUAGAGUUGUAAGGGACGUUGAACAUCACCUAAUUCAAUCUCAACUUGCUGCAGAAAUCCCUUCUAUAGCACCCUAGGCAGGAAGUCAUUCAUACUUCCAGCAACAGGGAACUCACUACCUCAUUAUACAGUCAUUUCAUUGUUUGGAAGCUUGUGUUAGAAAAUUCUUUAUAAGGUUUAGUUUAAAUUUGCCUCUGAUGCUUUCAGAGAACUCAGAAAAAAAUCUCUCACAGAUGAACACCCUUCAAAUAUUGUAUAGCAGUUGUCUUGGCUCCCUUAACCAUACCUCCCAUAUGAAACCACUCAGUUCUUUUAAUUGUUAAUCAUCUAGUUCUUUCGUUGACCCUCAUGGGCAUAUUCUGACAUAUCUUUCCUUAAAAGUAACACCCAGAACAGAGUGCAGUGCUGCCCAUGUUUGACUGGAGAAGUCUUUCUUCCAGUGAUCUGAAUGUUAUUACUACUGUAGUCUAAAAUUAUAUAUGAACUUUUUUAGUAAUAACUUACUUUGGGCUCAUAGCAAAGUUGUGAUUAAUUUAAACUCAGAUUAUCGUUGUUUUUUUUCAAAACAUUAUUUGCUAAAAUGAUAUAUAUUCCUAUACUUUAUUCAGGGUUUUUUUUGGGGGGGGGG